AUGUUAGGUGCACUUUUUCGAUAUACACAAAAAUGUCCGCAAAUGAUUUUUAUACCUGUGCGGACAAGUGUUUAUACAAAUGUCACGGCACAAGAUCUAUGGAAAACAAUAACAUCUGUAAGUAAUGCUGGUGCUAAACGAGGUCGUGCUAAACGACGUGGUGCAACAAAAUUUAAAGAUCUAAAUCUUGGCCAAAGAAUUGGUCAAGGCAAAUUAAAUAUGCAAUGGCCUGGUCUAAAUGCACCAGUUGUUCAAGGUCGUGAAGUUGUUUCUAUUACAGAAAAACCACCUGAUCCAAUGCUUCAACAACGUUUACUUGAAGUACGUAAUCGUCUUGAUCGUUUUCGUCGUUUAUCAAUUCCACCAAGUGAACGUGGUUUUACAGGUGGUAGUCCAGCUGGUAAAAGUCUUGGUAAACCAGAUCCAAUUAAUGAAAUAACUUUUGACGAUUUUGAUUCUCGUCUGAUUGAAUUUAAAACUUUACAACGUACUAUUGGAAAAAUUGGACGAAAAAAAUUUACAUCAGCUUUUGUUACUGUUGGAAAUGGAAAAGGUCUUGUUGGUUAUGGUAAAGCAUUAACACAAGAUGCUCAACAUUCUUUACAAAAAGCUAAAUUAACUGCUGCAAGACAAUUACUUUAUAUACCAAUCUGUGAUGGACAUACAAUCUUUCAUGAUUUUUAUGAAGCAUAUUAUUUUACUAAAAUUCGUUGUGAAAAACGACCACCGGGUUAUGGACUGCGAUGUCAUCGUAUUAUAGCAUUACUUUGUAGAUUAAUUGGUAUCAAAGAUAUUUAUGCUCAAAUAGAUGGCGCAGUUAAUCCACAAAAUAUAACAAAAGCUUUCAUACGUGGUUUAUUAAAACAAAAAACUUAUCAAGAUUGGGCAAAUGCUAAACAAUUACAUUUAGUUGAAUAUCGUCCUGAAAAUGAUUAUUUUCCACGUUUAUUAGCAAGUCCAAAUAAUGGUCAACCAGCUCGAACAUCAUUAGAAAUUGAUCCUGAUGAAGAUUUAGAUUUUGAUCGUCUUUGUUUUGAAGGACGAACUGUAGAUAAAAGACAAACAAGUGAACAAUAUGAACCAUGGUAUGCAACAAAAGAAAAAACACGUUAUGGAUGGUAUAAAUAUUUAAGAAGACGACAUUGGGAAACUGUACAAGAAGAUGCUACUGUUGAACGAUUAGCUCGUAUGGAUGAGAAACGUUAUGAUUCAUAUUAUCGUUAUCCAGAUGAAUAUCAUACAGAUGUACUAAAACAACUUAAACAACGUCUACCACAUAUUUGGUAUCCUCGAAUGGCACCAGAUCUUAAUAAAAAACUCGAAGACGAAGUUGAAAAAUAUCGACAAACACAAAAUGGUAUUCAAAAAUAG